CUUCCUCUUCGCUGUCCCUUUCCUCAGGACCUGGGAGGUGGCGUUUGAGUUGGUCUGGAAGAAAACCACCUUCAAGACUGAUAUUCGGAAACAUAUAAUUGGAGGCGUUUUGAAUGCAGUCUGAGUCCAAGAAGUAUGAAGAAGAGGCACCUUCUCUGCACUGGGGGAUGGAUCCUGUAUUUUCUGCAUUUGCAAGACUCUAUAUUAAAGAUAUAAAAGAAAUGAGAGAAUCUAAACAAGUGCCAGGUGUAUUCUUUUAUAACGGCCAUCCAGUAAGACAGGUGGAUGUUGUCGGGAUAGUGGUUCAAAUGAAAGAGCGAGAUGCCUUUUAUAAUUAUGGAGUGGAUGAUAGUACUGGAGUUAUAAAUUGUGUCUGCUGGAAAAAUCCCAUGGUAGCAGAAACAUCUUUAUCAGGUCGUCCAAGCACACCCAACAGUCUUACUGUGCUUCAACAGAUGAAGAAACUCCAAGAAAUUGUGAGCCAGAAAACCAAGCUGGAGAUCGGGGAUGUUGUCAAGGUCAGAGGUCACAUCCGAACCUACAGGCAACAAAGAGAAAUUCAGGCUUCAUGUUUUUAUAAAGUGGAUGAUCCUGUGUGUGAUGUUCAGAUUUCAAGAAUGCUGGAGCUCCCCUGUCUCUAUAGAGAAGUUUACGAUAAACCCUUCCAAGGCCCUGAGGAGGGACAGAGUGGCCUGGAGGGUCAGAAUUUCUCAAUCAAUGUGCUGCAUGAGAAAGUGAAAGGCUUUCUGUUAGAAAACAAAAUUCAGACCUUUUACCAACAGGAGCUGGAAACAAUUGAUACUCUGGUGUCACUGGCUGGUGUGCAUCUGCCCAGUCCCAGCUGUCAGGAGGUGAAGUCAAAAAGUGACUCCAGUUCCAAAAGGAUUCACAGUGUUUUUAAGGAAGCAAUAAGGAUGCUACAAGAAAAAGGGGUGGUUUUCCAGAAACCUAGUAGCUCCAAGGACUUAUACCAUGUGACUGACCAUGAUAAGGAGCUGCUUAAAGUGACCCUUGACGUGAUUAAAGAAGACUGUCGAAAACCCAGGCAUGCUGAAAAAGGCUGCCAUUUCCUUCAUGUCCUGAAUUGUGUUCGGCAGAGCUACAACCCCUCUCUGGCUGAAGCGGUGAUGCACCGUGUCUUGGAACUGCUGGAGAGUAACAGUGAUGUUGUCAGCACUAUGGAAGGAUAUUAUGUGGCAUUUUAAAGAGAGAAGAUAAGAUACACUCAUUCUGGUCCAUUCAGGAUAAAGGAGGGAAGAAGGAGAGGUUGAGUGACCCUGAAAAGCUGCUAUUACCUGGUAUGAUCUAGAUGGGGGAAAAAAAGAGCAUUCUGAUUCUCCAAAUGCUGUUUUUGUCCAGCUCCAGAGAAGUUGUCCAAAUACUUGUUUUAAUAUUCUUGCUGACUUCCUUGCUAUUCCUAGUGAAAGUUGUAUCACACUGAUUCUGGACAUCCUAAUACAGCAGAGGAGCUGGAAAAGAAACAGGGCUCUUUCCCUGCAGUAAGAUGUGACAUGGCCAUCCUCACAUUUACAUCCAGUGAGCCCUAAAGAAAAGUCACUGCUAAGGAGCGCUGUUUACAGCAGUGGUCAUGUCAGGACUCGUUUUUCUGGCUUAAAGACUGAUCUUGUGAUCUUUCCAUAUGGUAAUAGCUGUGGAUCUUUCUUUUUAUGUAUACUUUAUAAUAGCUAGAGAAAGGACACACAAGCAAACAAUCAAAAGAUUUGCCUGUUCUUCCUGGCGGUGUUGGUGUACUCAUGUCUGUAAAUAUGUAUUCCUGAAUGUGCACAGCUUUCCCACUACUAAAGCAGUCCUCACCUUUCUCUGAAAAGUAAUAUUCAGGAACGGGGUCCUGCAUCCCUUUCCCAUCCUGCAGCCUUGCCCACUGCUUGUCAAGCGUGUCUGAAUUCCCCUGGCUACUGUGUGUGCUACUGAUGCAUGUUGUUGUGGAUUCUGUUCAGACCAGAAUUCUCAAAAGCAGCCACUGUUUUGCUGUUUAUUUUUAGAUUGCUUCCUACAUCACAAAUGGUAAAUCACAAAUCGGAUAAUUUGGAAAAGAAAAUAUGAAAGCCAGCAAGACCCACUGUAAUCUCCAUGCUCCCUGUUGCCUUUUGUGUCUUCUAUUCUUUGUCAGCUUUGGGGAAAAAUACUAUCCAUAUACGUGCUUGCAGAGGAACACACGACAUUGAUGAAAUAACAUUGGCCUAAAGAAGGUUACCAUGCAAGACGUUUGAUCUGAAAUAAUCACAACUCUGUUAUGUGCCACAGUUCAAAGCCCGGAGCUGUUCAGUAUUUAUCCUUAGAGAGGGCUUGCUGCUGCAGGGGCUUGUCUGUUUAAUUAAUCUGUUUGAUUAAUGGUGUGGAGGUGAGACCUUUAACUUGAAAAGAGUAGAAAGGAUUGAACGUAUCCUUCCUCUUUCCUCUGCACCUUCCCUGUAACAGUUGAAAUAGCAGACUCCCAGGAGGGAGAUGUAGUGGUAAAGCCCUAUAAGGAUUGACAUAGCAGGGAAAAAUAAACCAUAUGCAUGAGGAAAGCCAGUGAGUAGCCCCAUGUGUGCCAGGUCUCUGGUUUGUUGUUAUGUUAUAUGCCUCAUUCCAAGCCCUGGCUGCAGUGAGAUAUAGGCUAAGAGAAAGGCAUGACAAAAUAUUUGGCAUUUGCAUUCAGAGGCCCGUGGAUAACUCUGGCCUUAAAGAGAUGGUGUGUUUGUCCACAGUGGAAAACUGUGUAUGAAUCAUUCUUUUGCUGUGAAUUCCCUACUUGCCACAGGGCUCAAUAGUUGGUUUCCCUACAGGCUGCCCUACUCCUAGCAUUGCUGCUCUGUUUUGAGUUGGGUACCUUCUAGUCAGAUCUUCAUAUGGGCCUGAACGGGUGCUGAAAGGAUGUACCUGUACAGAAGGAAAUAAGAGAAGAGGAUUGAGAAAGAAUUGUAGAAGUGUUCCCCCUAGCCCCCUUGAACAUGUCUGGAAAUCAGGGAAAGAAGUCCAGAUUCUGACUGAAGUGGUACUGAGGGGAAUUGCAACUUUAAUUUAUGACUACGAAAAGGUCUGGUUGUCCACAGGGCAGAUUUGCUUUUCAGAUUCCUGCUCCGAUUACUGAUCAGUUUGAAGUGAUGCUUAAAAACAAAGGCUAUCUAUGGAAGAAGUAGUUUGGAAUAUUGAUUCCUAAAUUCAAACUCACUUCAGGAGUUAACCAUAUGUUACUGCUUGAUUAUGGACAAGUUUGAGGAUAUUUUAAGGGAAAGUAUGUGGUGUCUUGGACCAUAUGGAAGAGCAGGGCAUCUAAUUUAAGAGACUGGCUUGGCCAUUUUCUUGAAAUGUUCUGUAUUAGCAGAAGCUGAUUUUGCUGGGAAAGGGUUAAAAGAACACUGCUAGCUCAGUGGGAAAGAUGAUUUCCUCUCCUAGGUUAGAAUAAAGACAGACCCUGGUUCUCCUGAGGGUGUCAGCCAAGUGUGUGGGCUGAAAGAGUUUUGGGAGAAGCUCUGCUCAGCUAAAUAUUGGAGAAAAAGAUAGUCUGGAGAUCAUGUUGCUCUUUAGGGUCUCUUUAAAAUAAAUUCAUACCAAAAUAGGAUUACAUCUUUGUCCUUUGCAGCUUGUAUCGUCAUACAUGCAGCUUCCAAUGGGUUCUGUUGCCUCCAGCUUUGAUGCUGCACUUCCUGUGUUUUAGAUGUGUUUCUGUGUGUAAAGUCUGCCUAAAACCCCUAGCCACCUAUUUUCUAUGCAUUGGAGGUUGAUGCAGACACAAAGUGUCUGCCCUCUCUGUCCUGCCCCUGUUGCAAUUUAAAAGCACUGAUCAACUGCAAAGCCUCAGAGAUGAGGUGGGAGGAACUCAUCUCAGGAAAGACAGAUAAGUCACUCUGGAAAGAACCUGUCCUUGUGGGUUUUUAAGUUGGUCCUUGCUGGCAAUGCUGGUCUCCUGUGAUGGAGUGUGCAUUCUGGUGGAGAUUGCUCCCCAAGAACAGGAAAAAGGGAUUUUUCUCAUUUGAGUUAACUCAGGGAAGUAAUAUGAAUUGAACACAAGGGAGCCUACAGUUUUUACAAGAGUAAAAGGUUAGGGUAGAAUUAAUGGAGGAGCCUAGAUUUAAGUUACACAGAUUCUAAUUCUGAAUAACUGUACAGAAUAGUUGUGCCUUAAGCUUGCAUGCUUUAUUUUUUCCAUGGUAGCCAUGCAACACAGACUAACAGUUACUCUGGUUGAGCGCAUUCCCUCUCUUGUACCUACAGGGAAUACCAUAUGCAUAUGCCUGCACAGAAAUACCCCAGCUAGCUGUGGGAGCACAGAGCUCACUGUAGGUUGAUUUACCCAUUUACUCAGUAUCUCUACAGUAUGCUUCUGUGACAGCAGUCUAGACAUACCGAUAUUGGUAUAAGUCACCUUUAUGUAAGUCUAACUACACACACUAGGGCUUUUACUGCUAAUAAACUGUCUCUCUGUUUAAAGAUCAUAUCCUUAACCAAGAGAGUCAUAUCAUGCACACUGUUAAAAUUCUUAGACUUAGACCACACCUACAAAAUAUUGUGUGGAACAUUCAGUGAAAGCACGCUUUCUUGUUUUGUUUAAUUUGAAAACUCAUUAGGCAACACAAUUAUUGCUGGUUUAUUAAAGGACUUUGAAGGUGGCACUUUAAUGUAAAACUGACAAGUGAGAAUUCAUGUUGUAGGACUGCUUCAUGGCCAGUUCCAGUUUCCAUAGAAACAGUUAUGGCAGUAAAAGGCAGGUAAGUAAAAUGGAGUUUUUAAAAGCAGUCAGCAUUUUUAUGCUACCUUAAAAAGGUAUGUAAUAGAAAUGCAGCACCUGAGAACAAAAAUUACCAAAGAAUCUUAAUAUUCUAUUCUAGCAAAAUGUAAGGUGAUUGCUUUUCUGGUGAGGAAACAAAGGAACAACUCUACCUUCAGUCCCUGCCAUCUGCUUAGGUGAAAGAAGAGAUGAGGUUGCUUCAUGCCUCAGUUUCCCUCUUUUGUAAAUUGGGGAUAAUACAGCUCCCUGUGUAGGGUAUAAGCCUCAAUUUUUCUUAAUGUUAGUCAUUAAAAGCUCUUGAGAUCUGUCGAUGGGAGCUGUUAGAGAAGAACUCUGUGGCUGUGUGGGAGAGGGUGAAUGGAUAGAUGCUGAA